AUGCUUGUAAAUGUACCUAGAAGGGUGUUAACUACAAAAACCCUGAAUCUAAAUAAAAUAAAUAAUUUUAUAAGCUUGAAAAAUUCAAGAUUUAUUCAGAAUGCGUCCUUUAAAUAUCUGGAUGAUAUUCCUGUAAAGAAGGGUAUUUAUCGCCCGCAAAAUACUAAUCAAGUUGUUGAGUUGGUUAAUUAUGCUCGUUCCAAAGGUGCAAUAUUACGUGUUAUGGGUGCUGGGCAUUCGGUUAAGGAAGCUAUUUAUGCUAAAAACAGUAACCAUAACCAUAUCAAUGCAAUCCUAGAUGGUGAUCUUAGGAAAGUUCAUCAAAUAAAGAUCAACGAAAAUGGUGAGACUGCAUCUGUCGAUGUAGGAGCAGGAUGCCAUUUAGGAAGAGACCCUAGUGACGAUGAGUCAACCCUUAAAAAUUCUUUCAAUUUUCAAGUUGAUGAAAAGGGAUAUGCACUUCCUAUUUUAGGUGGUAUGAGCCAUCAAACCAUAGCCGGUUUUCUUUCAACUUCUACCGCAGGAGGGUCUUUGAAACAUACUAUUGCAGAUGUUUUAGAAGAAAUAGAGGUUGUAAAUGGAAAGGGUGAAGUUGUUACCCUAAAUAAACAUACAAACGAAAACGUUUUUAAUGCUUCAGUAGUAUCCAUGGGAUUAUUUGGGAUCAUUACUAGAGCAAGGUUUAAAUUACCUGAAAAAUAUUUAGUAACGGGAACAGAAAUUAAUCAAGUAUUCAAACAUUCUUUAUUGGUAAGUGAGGAUGGCCAUUACGCAAAAUUGCACGAUGCUCUAACAGAAAAUGAAUACUUUCACAUGAAUUGGUUUCCACAAAAAUAUGUUCAACGUACUACAGAAUGGAGCGGAGCAAAGGCUGGGUCUGGAUUAGAUAUGAAGCCAUAUAAUCAUACAUUAAAAGUAUUUAAAAUGGAUGUUAAAGCAUAUUUAGCCCUUUGUUUUUGUAACAUUUUUUUGAAUAUAUUUGGUGGAGAUAAGAAUUUUACCCAAACAAUAAUCGGAAAGGUUCUUAACCAAUUUGUUCCAAUCGGAAAACCACAAGAAUUUACAGAUCUUUGGUAUAAUGCUUUACCCAAUGAUGAUCAAGCUGAUGUUGAUUAUUUAAUAAAGACUUCAUUCACUGAAAUUUGGUUUCCAUUAGAACAAAUUGAUGAGGUCAUGACAAAAUUAGAAAAGUUAUUUAGUGAUCAUCCCUCGUAUGCUGGUAACUUUGCGUUAGAGCUCUAUGGCGCUAAACGUUCUCCUUAUUGGUUAAGCCCAUCAUAUGAACAUGAUGUUUUUAGAGUAGAUCCUUAUUGGUGGGAGCACAACUUUGGAGACCCUCGUGAAUAUUUUGAAAAAUUUUGGAACAUAUUACUACCAAUAAAUGGCGCUAGGUUACAUUGGGGAAAAUAUUUGCCAGAACCUG